AUGGCGCCAGCGAUUGUUUCCCUGCCCGACACCGCAACGGAUGCCCCAAGCAAAGACUCCCUCAUCAAGUGUGACGUGGUCAUCAUCGGCGCUGGCCUGGGCGGUAUUGCUGCACUCUACCAUCUACAGCGAAUUGGUCUGCGCUGCCAGGUGUUGGAGAAAGAAGCCGAUAUCGGUGGUGUCUGGCAGCGCAACCGGUACCCUGGCGCGCGGAUUGACACGGGCAUUCCAUCCUAUCUGCUGGACAUGCCUGAAUGCUGGAAGACCUGGAACUGGUCCUGCAAGCACCCAGACCAUGAAGAGAUACGGCGCUAUCUCGACCACUGUGAUGAUCAGACCUCCAUCCGGGACCACGUCUUGUUCAACACGGAGGUCAUUGGAGCGCAAUUCGACACCAGUAGUCAGAAUUGGAUUACUGUGUGUGCGGACAGAACCGUGGUGCAGAGUAAAUAUCUGGUUUCUGCUGUUGGUAUCACCUGCAGCCGAUCACGGUCCCUGGAUACCGACCUUGCGUCAUUCGAGGGGGAUAUCUAUCACCCAAGUGAAUGGCCCAUGAACGAGGUAUCACCCGAAGGAAAAGACGUGGCCGUCAUCGGGACUGGGUGUACCGGCGUUCAAAUCGUGCAGACCUGGGGGUCAAAGGCCAAGUCCUUGACCCUCUAUCAACGGUCUUACAACACUGCCCUUCCCCUACUGCCUGCUGCAGUAGGCUACAAGAAAGAGUCAAAAGGGCUCUCUAUAGAGGCCUAUCAGCAACUACUAGCUUCUCGCUAUGAGACAUUGACGGGCGUGGCUGCGUGCAGCUACCAGAACAAAGACACCCUGGACGACUCCCCUAAGGAGCGAGAAGCACUUUACCGGUCUCUGUACGACGCGGGAAGCCUGGAUUUCUGGCUUUGCGGGUAUAGAGAUCUCACCACAAACCCUACUGCUAACCGGUUGGCGCACGAGUACUGGGCCAAGAGGACCCGGGAAAAGAUCCAUAAUCCUCGCAAACGUGAUCUCCUGGCACCCUUGAAGCCCCUGUAUCCCUUUGCAGCAAAGAGGCCGGCCCUGGAGUUUGGGUUUUUUGAACAGUUUAACCAAGACAGUGUUGAUGUUGUUGAUAUUGAAACAAACCCUAUCGCCAGGUUUACUGUCGACGGAAUCAUGUUGGCUGAUGGCACAUACAAUCAUCAUGAUAUCGUUAUACCCGCCAUUGGAUUUACAAAUGCAGUGGUUAACAUCACCUCCCUUGGGAUCCGUAGCGAGGAAGGAAUCUUGCUCAAAGACAUAUGGAAUCAGAGACUGCGGACUCUUUUCGGAAUCAUGGUCCGUGAACUGCCCAACAUGUUCAUCAUCAAUGGGCCCCAAGCUCCAAGUGAGCAAUCCAACCUCCCAACAUGCAUCGAUCUCCAAGUCAAUUGGAUUGCGGAUCUCCUCGUCAAUGCUCAGAGAGAUGGAGUCGAGACAAUCCGUCCAACCGAGGAGGCAAUCGAAGAGUGGAACAGCAAAGUGCAGGCCUUUAAUAAGUGCCACAAACCCACCACGAGUCGGUGCAACAGCGACGGAGACCUGAUCUUUUUCAAUGGGGGGAUCCCCCGCUACGCUGAGGCCUUGGAGAGACGCUCUGGAUCAUGGGAAGAUUUUGACCUUCCCAACAUGUUCAAUCCACUGUGA